AUGACAAAACUUCUAUUUUAUUUUUUAGAAUGUCAUCAUUUUUCAAAUGCUGCUUCUGAUGAAAAAAUUACUGAAUUUCUAAUCGCAAAUGGUGCAUAUGUCAAAGCUCACUACUCAGAUGGGAAAACUCCUCUUCAUCUUGCAGCAAACAAAUCUGUAAUUAUAGCUGAAGUUCUUAUUUCACAUGGAGCUAAUAUAAAUGCAAAAGAUAUAUUCGGAUAUACACCUCUCCAUAUUGCUGUCCAAUCUAAAUAUUUUAGCUCUAUGGUAAAAUUUCUUACUGAGCAAGGAGCCGAUGUAAAUGCAAUAGAUAACGAUAUGAAAACACCGCUUCACUAUGUAGUAGAAGAAUACGAUCCGAGCAUAGAUUAUGUGAAAAUUCUUAUUUCCAGUGGUGCAAAUGUGAAUGCCAUGGAUAUAAAUGGAAAUACUCCCCUUCAAUAUGCAAUCAAAAAAAUCAUAAAGAAAUUGUAA